AUGUCCAGGUCACUCCGGGCAGCAAUCGUCAAGGUCUUCUCGACCAAGUACUCACUUACACUCCCCGCCCCAGCACUAGAGUACAUCGAGAAUGUGUUGUUGGAAAACGAGAUCCCAGAGGACGAGUGGGCAUUGGGGUUGGAUUUCUGGGCACGCGAGUACCUCAAAGGCCAGGACGCCCCUUCCCUCGUCUCGCUUGACGGGUUGAAACACGCCUACGAGAUCCUCCAGCUUGGCGGUACAGAUGGCGCGGACGCGAUGGACCCGACAGACAUCAAUGUGGAGGCACACUUCUCAGCCGUGGACAGCUUCGACAUGCCCGCGCAGCACUUUGACAUUGUCCGAAGCGGCUUCACGGUACCUAAGAACAAACCGAAACUCGGGGGGCAGGCGAUGAACCGCUCGGCGUAUAUGCGCGAACGGUGGGGCAUCAUCCGAGAGAUCAUCCAGCGAAACGAGAACUUCACACCGCCAGCGAUGGGAGGAAACGACCGUUCCAAGUACCUCAAGCUCACGUCGACGCAGAACCUGCUCGGUCGGGCAGGCCAGCUCUUCCUCCUCUUCGGCAUGCUCUCCCGCGAUCCUGAGGGACGGUUGACAAUCGAGGACGGUGAUGGGCGGGUAGUGCUAGACAUGGUGGACGCCGUGCCUGGUGAGGGUCUGUUCACGGAAGGCUGCAUGGUCCUCAUAGAGGGCGAGUACACGAUUGAAAACACGAUCCGCGUCCUGGCCAUGGGCCACCCGCCAUCAGAAAAGCGUGAGGUCGCGCGAGCGCUACACGGGCACGUCGACUUUCUGGGUGGCGGGGCAAUGUCUCAGAAGGACGAGGACAAGUACAUCCCAACAGUGCUGGCCAACGAGCACGUGUCCUUCGCCUUCUUCUCGGACGUCUGGCUCGAUCAUCCGCGAACGCUGGUCGCCCUGCGUCAGGUGUUCCAGGGGUACGCCGACGCGUCUGAGUUCAGGCCGAUGGCGUUUGUCCUCUGUGGCAACUUCUGCCAGCGUGGAUGGGAGGGUGACGGCGGAAUGAAGCGCUACACUUUGGGCUUCAAUGCACUCACCGACCUCAUCCUCUCCUUUUCCCUCCUGCACCAGUCUCACUUCAUCUUCGUUCCCGGCCCUUUGGACCCAUGGUCCUCGUCUACGAUUCCGCGCCCAGCAUUACCCAGUACCAUCACGGAUCGCCUGCUCCAGCGCGUGCCAAAAGCACGCUUUGUCUCCAACCCUUGCCGCUUGCGGUACUUUGGCCAGGAGAUCGUCAUCUACCGCGAGGAUCUGAUGGGACGAAUGCUACGCAACCUCGUCGCGAUCAAGGACGAGAAGGAGGCCGACAUGAAACGCUAUCUCGUGCAGACAAUCCUCGACCAAGCGCAUCUCUCGCCGCUGCCGCAGAACAUCCGCCCAACGCUGUGGGAGUACGACCACGCCUUGCGGCUGUACCCCAUGCCAACGACGGUUGUGCUCGCCGACAAGUACGAGCGGUACGAGCUCACGUACGAGGGCUGCCAUGUGCUUAACCCAGGGCGGUUUGUGUGUGCAGGCAGCGGAGGUGAGUUUGAGUGGUCUGUGUACUAUCCCCAUUUGAAGAGGAGCGAGCGGAGCGCGUUGAGUCUCGACUAG